ACAUCAUUCUUAUUCGAUAUAUUUUUAAUACUUUGAUACUUGUAAUAUUUAUUUGUGUUUGAAUUUAAGUUUAUAUUUCAAAAUUCUUCAAAUUAAUUAGGAGCAUCAAUUAAAUAUCAAACGUUAUAUAAUAUGAGUAAAUUUGUCAAUAAACACUAGAGAGAUCAUACAUAGUAGAAUGGAAGGAUGACAGUAAGAGCUUAUAAGAAAAGGCAGAGAACUUUUUAAUGUUGUUAUCAACAUGAACUAGUUUCGACUUCAAUUCCACAAAGUUUCUCACUAAAUGCGCCAAAGAUCCAAAUCCAAAGCACUCUCGCUCACUUCUGUGCUUCUACGAUGAACCUUCCUACUCUUAAUAGGAUCAAACCUUCAUGGAAACAAUCGGAUUUAGGGGAAAAAACAUUGAAAGUUUUCAAGAUGAAGCCAAAGUUAUUAACAGGUUAAUGCAUGGACUUCACUUGUAUGGUCGGUAUUGAAUUUGCACGGAAGAUUUAUGUUAAAGAUGGUUUACUUGUUGCAAAUCUAGUGGUAACAAAAGAAUCAUCAAUAAAAAAAUGUGGGGUUAUUGACUUUGUUGGUGUGUGGUGUGGAGUAGUUAUCUCUUUUUCUUCCAAAAGCAAAAGGCAAGAACUCUCUGUGUGUCUCUCCAAUGGCGGAGGCGGCAGUGACAUUCCUGCUGGAGCAGCUGAAGGAGGUUGUGGUCGGGUACGCAGAUCUGAUCGCCGGAGCGGAGAGCGAGUUCGAUCAGCUGAAGAAGAAGAAGAAGAAGAAGGAUGAGUUGUUGAAAGCACUGGAGAGACGGAUUAGAGAUGUGGGGUACGAGGUGGAGGAUACCAUCGACACUUGUUUAACCAAAGCUAUCGAACUCAAGGCCAAGAAACCCCUUCGACCGCGUAUGGGUAUUAAAAGUGCCAGCCUAGCCAAGGAGGUCAUGGCUGUUAUACAACAUAAAUUGGCGCCAUUACAUAAGGAUGCUGAGAAGUUUACUAACCUGAAGACUAUUGCCGAUGGAGCCAAGGACGGGGAUGAACCUGAGUCGUCAAAAAAGGGAUACACCAAUCAGACUAAACAGAGUCGUUGGUUUUGAUGACGAGGAAGCUAAAAUAAUUGGCCAUCUCAAGCAAACAAAAGACAAGCUUGACGUUAUGUCCAUCGUGGGCAUACCUGGUCAGGGGAAAACUACAUUGGCAUGGAAGGUUUAUCAGAACGAGUCCAUCUGUUUUCAUUUUCCCAUUCGCAUUUGGGUUUACAUGUCUCAAGUGUUCAACAGCAAGGACGUUUUUCUCCAAAUCCUCAAGAAAUUCACUCCCAGUCAAGACACAUCGAGUCUCAAUGAUGACGAAUGGGCCCAAACAGUUCGUGCGUGCUUGGAAAAUGAAAAAUUCUUGUUAGUCCUAGAUGAUGUAUGGAGUGUUGAUGCGUGGGAAAAGAUCCAGGCAGUGCUGCCAUUAGGCAAUGGGGAGGGUAAAGUCCUCAUCACCACCCGAGAGAAAGUCGUUGGAGAACAAUCUAAAGUUUAUAGACCUCCCCACAAUCUCAAGUUCUUAUCUCGUGAUGAAAGUUGGGAGCUCCUCCAGUAUGAGGUAUUUGAGGAAGAUUUGAAGGGCUUUGGGGAACAUAUAGCCAUGAAGUGUGAUGGAGUGCCACUGACGAUAGUUGUGAUCGGAGGUAUUCUUAAGGACCAGCUUCUGAAAUCUCGAUCAACAGCUGUGGAUGAGUGGCAGACGAUGUCACAAAGUGUGAGCGAAGCCUUACAAAAUAGGGCGACACGCAUAACAUAAGUUGUGGAGUUGAGCUACCACAGAUUGCCCGAUGACUUGAGAGAGUGCUUUGUUUUCUUGGUUGUAUUUCCAGAAGAUUACGAGAUUCCAGCUAAGAUGUUGUGUGGGCUAUGGAUUUCUGAAGGACUUGUACUUCCUAGAAAAGGAAGAAGCAUCGAGGAAAGUGCAGAGGAGAAUAUGAACGAUCUCAUCAGUAGGAACUUGCUCAAAGUCGAGAAAACUAAUCAUAUGGAUAAACUUAAAACAUGCCGUGUUCAUGAUAUGAUACGUGCAUUCUGCAUAUCCAAAAUUAAGGAGGAGAAUUUGUGUGAGGAGGUUAGACGAUCAUCGGAGACCAGGGAACUCGAACCUUCUGGUUCUCAGCUACAAAAAUCUCAUCGCCUUUGUUUCCGUUCGGAUCUGUCUAAGUUCCUGUCUACAAACCCAUCAGGUCCCCAUGUUCGGUCGAUUUUGUGUUUCUAUGAGAGGCCUGUCGAGCUGGAGUCGGAGCAUCUAGCAGUUACACCAGACGGCUUCAAAAGGCUCCGGAAUUUGGAGUCCAAGUGCAUCAAAUUGGAAAGUUUUCCUGGAAAAGUUGUCAAGCUAGUCCAUCUCAGGUACCUCACCUUAUAUAUAGUAACUCUCAAAACUCUUCCAGGGUCAAUCUCCCAGCUAUGGAACCUACAAUCUCUCGUAGUCGAGACCAAGUUUCGUUCCAUUUCAAUGAAAGCAAAUUUGUGGAGGAUGGUGCGACUGAGGUAUCUCAAGACAAGAUCAGCUAUUGUCCUAGAAAGUACUAAAUCCGACAGCGAAGCAGGGCAGAACCUUCAUACGUUGAAUAGAUUGACACCUGACUCAACUUAUUUUAACACAAGAAAAUUCCCACAAGUGUACGGGGCUAGUGUAGCACAAAGCAAGCAAGAGUAUCGUAUCCCACAGAGACAAAUUGUAUAAACUCAAG